GCAAUUACUAGUAUAGUACUGUUGAAAUAGCGUGCGCGCGAGAGGAAACCCUUUGUCUAGUGGCCGAUUCAAGCACUACAUGUUUGCAGUGUUUCCCCCCUCGCCCUGUUCAGUCGCACUCCGGCGAGUCCACAGCGAUCCGGGACUGGUCGACCUCGUCCGGCCUUUCUCGGGCCUCAUCUGUGUGGGUUCUCACUAUCACAAGUUCGCUGAACCGCCGAGUUGUUUAAGUGUAAGUCGUAGGCAGAAGUGUGGCCUUGGAGUACUCCUCUCCUGAAGCCAAGGGCAGCAGCUCAGUGAAGUAACUAUUGACUGACGUCAGCUACUUCUUCUUUCGGUGACUGUAGCUAUGGAUUCCGUCAAGCAGGCUGCCCCUACCACUGACACGGCAUGGCAAAGCAAGGAGUUCCGCAACUGGCUCCCGCACCUGCAAGCAGCCCUCACCUACAACGCAAUUCGCAUGGCUUGCUUUGCAAAGGGCUUGAUUUCCGAUGGGCAGAAAAGGCUGCUCAUGGCUACAGGAGACUCUGCUAAACACAACGAGCUCCUGUUGGACAUUUUAAGUGGUGGCACAACAGAGUCCUUUCGCAUUUUCUGUGACAUCGUGCGUGAAAAAGAACCCGAGCCGAAUUUCACCAGUUUCCUGAAAGAGAUGCAGGCAAUGCUAAAUUCUGUUUGGGUUACUCCCGAGUGCAGGAAAGCCUGCGAGGAAGUGACGGACCUGAUGAAGGCAUUUCCAAUGGAGGCAUGCAAGCAAGUACUCGACUUUGCUGAAAGCCUGGAUAAGCAGCUGAAGUCGCACCCCGUACGCCUGCCAAAUGCGACUUCUAGUUCGCAUCACGAGCAGCAUACGGACGGAGCACUUCGGAAGUGGGUGGACUUCAAGGCCAUCAGCAUCCUUGAGCGGCGGGAGAGGCUGAAACGCAUCUGCAAUGUUGUGGCCGGGACCUCCCAACGUGUGUAUGGUGUUGGACUGCACCUUUUGGCAGCGGAAUUCCCGGCCGGCGGUCCGGACGCGGCAAUCAAUAACAAAGCCUAUCCGGGGAAAAGCCCGUUUGAGUUGUUCGACGCAGUGACAGAACUGUGGGGCAUUCAUUACGAGCACAUGAGCGGCCGGGACCUGCAUCAAGCUGUGAAGAGUGCGAUUGGGAGUGGAACGGCGAAGGACGUCGAGGAAUUCUGCAUUCUCUGAAGUGUUUGAAGUCGGCAAUCACUCUGCUUGUGCUUCGAGUCAUGCAGUCGUCGUCCUGCCAACGUUGGCACCCAUUAUCACUGCGCUGCAAGUUGUCCGGAAGCGGAGGUGAUCCUGCGUGGCCCACAUUAUCACUGCGCUGCAAGUGGUCCGGAAGCGGAGGUGAUCCUGCGUGGCCCACACUGCCAAGCACACUCAUACAGUGUUACUCAAUGAAAUCCGGUCGCGUCACUCUAGUUUGCGCCUUGCAUCAUUUCUCAGCCCAGUGUUCGCAGGUCUGGGGCCGCGCAACGCCCGGCGUGUACCUGAGUGAUGCGACUGGAUUUCAUUGAGCAACACUUUAUAAUAUUAUCUCCUGAUUCUCCUCUUACUGACAGUAACUCUUAGAAUAGCUUGAACUGUCCACUUCUCCACAUUGCGCUCUUGAUUUUGGCCCACAUUCACAAACACCAUACUCCAUAGCGAGGAAGUUAGUUCCGUUCUUGGAUAGAUGCUCCCUAUCCUCCAGACAGCUGUUUCGCUCAUUGAGAGUUAGAAUAGCACUAAAUAAUCUAGCCAGAAGGAAAUAGAUUCUGGCUAACACUAUUGAGAUGUUGAUGAUGUAUGGCGAUGACUGUGCCACUUAGUAUCAUUAUUUCUAUUGCACUUGAAUAGUUUGCAGGCAACCUGCCUACACUCAAGAGAGCACUGCAUUUCACACAAAUCCAUUAGAAGUAUCGUUUCAACGUUUCGGUCUUCAUGAUCAUCAUCAGGAAUGAAGUGGACAUGGAAAAAACAUCUAUUCAAGUGCAAUGAUGAAGCUGUGUGAAGCGUCCUUCAAAAAUUUUGAAAUUUUUAUUUUCAUUUAAUAGUUCUAUUGCUGUUCUAACUGGGAUUUACUGGGUGUUAGAGGCCGUCAUGAGUUCCUUCCGGAAGGGGCGCGAAAAAUUUCUUUUACUUUUUAAACUUGAUAUCUUCACGUCACAUGUUUGUGUAAUAUCUGCUCUUCUCUUCUAAAUUCUGCAUCUGGUUUUCCUUGGCAUUGCAUAACCGGCCCUGCGACAUAAGGUACACGCUUGAUAUAAUUCUUAUAAAGAUAUUUUUCAAAUUCA